UUUUGUGAUGCCGGAACAAGCUCUUCAGGAUUCAACAAUGGCGGAGAUAUCUGAAUCACCAAACCCUAACUCGGAUUUGGACCCUCAAACAAUGCGUAAAACAAAGCCUGGAUUGAAGCGUUUAUUUCUCACACUAACUGUCUUCAUCUCUUUCCUCAUCGCUUUGCCUUUCUUACUAAAGUCAAUAGAGAUUUACCGAGCACCAUUGCCAUUUGAAGACAUAGAUUUACUAUCAAUGGAAAUGGAGAAGAAUCAUUUGUUGUUUCCUUGCCAAUUUCAAGCAGUUUUUGUGAACUUCAAUGACAUUACUGAUGUAAAUGAGCUAGGGCUCUUAAUCAAUUCCCAUAUGCAAAAAUUGACUUCAGAAAAUACUCAGACUUGUGGCACGUGUGGGAACAAUUUUACCGUAGCAGUAACUAUUGAUUCCAAUUCUAACUGUAUUAAUGGCAACGAUAAAUGGCAAUGCGGUGUGUUGAAUGGAUUCGAUAAGUCGAAUGAUCAUGAUGAGGAUUUUGAUGAGUAUUUGGAGUCGAUAUUGGAUGGUAAGAAUAGGAAUGUUUAUACGGUUGUGGUGGUGAAUAGGAAGGAUGAGGAGGAUGUUAGAGUUGUUGUUGGUAAAUAUAGGCAUGCUUGGAUAGUAGGAAAAGAUUCUGUGGAGAAAGCUGCUGAGAAAAUGGCAGAGAUUUUUGUCAAUGUGUUUGUGAAUGGUGGGAAGGAAGAAGGAUCAAUUCGUGGGGAAUUCAUGCCGGUAGGUGCAGAUGGAAAGGUCGUGCUUUCGUUCAGUCUUUUGAAUUCGGAUCCGCAUGAUUGGGUUUAUGAUUGGGAUUUUCAGGAGUUAGAUGAGAUUCUGCUGGCUCCUGCUGUGGAUGCUUUAAGACCAGUUGCUGAUAUUAGUGUGGAAAGCCAGGUUCUAUAUCAUACUCCAAAGUCUUCAUAUUCAUAUUGGGAUGACAUGCAGGGUAGCUACAUUUUCAGUACAAAAGAUCUUCCUUUUUUUGUAAAUUCAAAUGAAUGGCACUUGGAUACUUCAACAGCAGCUGGCGGGCGGUCAAAAGUCCUGCAUUUUGUGUUAUAUGUACCAUCUGCAAAAGAGUGCCCUCUAAAGUUGCAGUUGCCAAAUGGAGAGAUGUCCAUGACAAAUGGUUUUAUAUCACCGAUGUGGGGUGGUAUUAUUGUUUGGAAUCCACCAGCCUGUGUAGAGAAUUCUCAAAUGCAACAACUUUCCAGGCACAAAAUUUCCUCUGAAGAGUUGAAGAUGAUUUCCGAAGUUUUCAUGGGACAGUUGCGCCAGCUAUUUGGUCUGAAGUCUGAGAGCCUUUAUGUUGGUGGAUCUGCCACAUCUGUACUUUUAACCAGCGAAAAAGGCUUUGCAGAAUGGGAGUUGGACGUGUUAUCUAGGCAUCACACAUGUUUCAAUCUUCUUCAGUGUGGCACCACCCUUGGGUCUCUCUCUCGAUUGGUUCAGUCACUUCCCAGGAUGAUCAUCAGGGAUGAAAUAGGAAAACAGGUAAAGUAUUCUCUUGAAGCUGCAAAAUUAUCUCUGGGCAAUGUGUCCUUAGGAUAUUCCGAUGCUUCUGCUGUUUACUCGAGAAAAGCAAGAGCUUUAGCAGAGGAUGCCUUUUAUCAUCCAUCUAUGAUGUCCGUGAGCUACUACUCAUUUGAGCACUGUUUUGCUGUAUAUUCGCCAUUCUUUCUGCCAGUUGCACUGCAUGUGCUUCUUGCAGUCAUCAGAGAAUGGAAAAGAUACAAAGUGGAAAACAGAAAGUAUCUUGCAUGGAAGGACAAACUUGAGUAGCAUGUCGGAAUCACAGAUAAAACUUGAUGUGGGUGCUUGUAGCCAAAUCUGAAAGAGUGGAAGAACAAAAACUGGUGUCGAUGGGCAAUGCAGAAGUUUUGUGGGAAAAGCUUGUGAGGCUUGAUUGGAGAUAACACCUCUGUGGUGCUGUACCCGAAAAGUUUUGGAUCCACAGUGAGAUAUGAACUACAUUCCGUGAAGAAUUUGUAUAAAAAUUGACUAGAUAC